AGAGAGAGAGAGAGAGGGAGAGAGGGAGAGAGAGAGAAAGAGGGAUAGAGGGAGAGACAGAGAGAAAGAGAGAAAGAGAGGGAGGGAGAGAGGGAGGGAGAGAGCCUAAGCCUCUAAGUGUAAUGUAUUGUUUUCUGUGAAAGGACAGGCUACACCCUUUUCCCCCUCCUGAACUCUGAACCGCUCGUUGUGUCAGAACUUUUAGGAGGAGUCAUUGACUUGGGUCACAGGAAAGACAGGGGAGAGAAGGAGAAAAAAAGGAGAGCGACAGUAGAGAAGUAGAGCAGUGAGAGGGACCUCCGGGUCAUUUCACAGAGACAGAAGGGGAAAGAGGUCAACUCUAUUACUUUUCCUGGAAGUGAACUCAAAAACGUAUUUAGUAUGAUUAGAAACUAAAGUGUUAUAGCUGAAGAUUUUCAGAGAAAAGAGGAGAGCACUCGGUGGGUGGACAGGCGUGUGUAAGAGGGAGUGUGUGUGUCGGCCGUUUAGCUCAGAUAUGGCCAUGGUGAGCGGGGGAUGGGGCAAUCCUAACCGGGAGACCAACGGACUGGGUGGGGAGAAGGCUUACCUGCGUGGAGAUGAGGAGGGCUCGCCCCAGGCCGGGAGUGAUGUGGAAGUGGGAGACGAAGACAAGGCGUGCGUGGUGGACUGCGUGGUGUGUGGGGACAAGUCCAGUGGGAAACACUACGGGGUGUUCACCUGCGAGGGCUGUAAGAGCUUCUUCAAGAGGAGCAUCAGAAGGAACCUCAACUACUCCUGCAGGUCGAAUCGAGAAUGCCAGAUAGACCAGCAUCACCGCAACCAGUGCCAAUACUGCCGGCUGAAGAAAUGCUUCCGUGUUGGCAUGCGCAAAGAAGCAGUCCAGCGUGGGCGUAUCCCUCCAUCCCACUCAGGCAUCAGUCCCACUUCUUUGGUCGGCGGAGGUGGUGGUACUGGGGCUGGGCCAGUAGGGGGCGAAUUCUUCAACGGCCAUCCUGUGUCUGAGCUCAUCUCCCAGCUGCUCCGUGCUGAACCGUACCCCAGCAGCCGCUAUGGUCCCCAGUACGGCCAGCAGCAGCAGAUGCAAGGUGCUGGAGGAGGCUCCGUCAUGGGCAUCGACAACAUCUGUGAGCUGGCGGCACGCCUCCUCUUCAGCACCAUCGAGUGGGCCAGGAACAUCCCUUACUUCCCUGAGCUGCCCGUCUCUGAGCAGGUGGCUCUGCUGAGACUGAGCUGGAGCGAGCUGUUCAUCCUGAACGCAGCCCAGUCCGCCCUGCCGCUGCACAUGGCCCCACUGCUGGCCGCCGCCGGCUUCCACUCCUCGCCCAUGUCAGCAGAGAGGGUGGUGUCCUUCAUGGACCAGGUGAGGGUAUUCCAGGACCAGGUGGACAAGCUGACCCGACUUCAGGUGGACUCGGCAGAGUACAGCUGCCUCAAGGCCAUCGCCCUCUUGUCUCCAGAUGCGUGUGGUCUGACAGACCCCAUCCACGUAGAGUCUCUGCAGGAGAAGGCCCAGGUGGCUCUGAUGGAGUACGAGAGGAUGCAGUACCCGGGUCAACCCCAGCGCUUCGGCCGUCUGCUCCUCCGCCUGCCUGCCCUCAGGGCCGUGCCCGCCAACCUCAUCUCCCAGCUGUUCUUUAUGCGCCUGGUGGGCAAGACGCCCAUCGAGACCCUCAUCAGGGACAUGCAACUCUCUGGGAGCUCCAUUAGCUGGCCUUACGUCCCUGGGCAGUGAGGACAGGAGCCUGGGACCCACAGGACCCUGGAGGAACCUGGAAACUGGAACCCAGAAUAGGAUGGAGAGGGAUUAGCCACUGAUGUCAUUAAUGUCUAAAUUCUUGAGGAUUUAGUAGGGGAGGACUAUAUUGCUACUCACUCACACAGAGUCAAACACUGAGCUUCCAGUGAAUGGAGCUGGAAUCAAACCAUUGGUAGUUUAGCUGUCCGUGUAUUCCAAGGAAAUUAUUAAUUUGUCUUGGAGUAUAUUUCCUGAUCUGUAUCAUGACCUCUCUGAAUGACCUGUCUGAAACACAGAACAGGGUUCUAGAACACAGAACAGGACUCUGGAACACAGAACAGGGCUCUGAAACACAGAACAGGGCUCUGGAACACAGAACAGGGCUCUGAAACACAGAACAUGGCUCUGAAACACAGAACAGGGCUCUGGAACACAGAACAGGACUCUGGAACACAGAACAGGGCUCUGAAACACAGAACAGGGCUCUGGAACACAGAACAGGGCUCUGAAACACAGAACCGGGCUCUGAAACACAGAACAUGGCUCUGGAACACAGAACAGGGUUCUAGAAUACAGAACAGGGCUCUGAAACACAGAACAGGGCUCUGGAACACAGAACAGGACUCUGGAACACAGAACAGGACUCUGGAACACAGAACAGGGCUCUGGAACACAGAACAGGGCUCUGAAACACAGAACAGGGCUCCGGAACACAGAACAGGGCUCCAAAACACAGAACAGGGCUCUGAAACAGAGAACAGGACUCUG